GCCAAUCUAUUCAACCCGUCCGUGUCCACACCAUGCGCGACAGUGACAUGUUCUCAGCUUAUAUACUCCGCUGCUGAUCGCUGUUUACGUGGUUGGCAUUUCCUUGUCUUUGUCCACUUUCGUCCGCCCUCCACAGAUUAAUGAUCAAUCUGUAACACACGUUCGCGCCACUUGGCCUUGCUUGGUCUUCCCGCCGGACACACCUACUGUUUCACUCGUUUGGUAAUACUACGCCGAAGACGUUUCUGGCGAGGACUUCGACAUGCCCUCGGCUGCGACGCUCUUCUACCUGGCAGUCUUUUCGCUGCUGGGGACGUCGUACAGCAAGAGUGGCGCUUCUGCGCCCUCGAAAUCGAAAGAUGUCGGCUCAAGUGUCUGCGACGUACGUCCCACCAAGUCGACGACUCCCUUUCGCCUGAGGCAUAGAGCUCAAAGAACUUUCUCGCAGCUUGAACCAAACUCGGUCGUUUCCGAUGCAUGCGCUUCAUAUUCGACGCUCGAAGAUCUAAACACCGUCAUACAUCCUCACUUGCACGCCGUCACUCAAGACACAGACUUUUUCUCUCACUACAGGCUGAACCUCUUCAACAAGGUCUGUCCGUUUUGGUCCGACGAAAAUGGCAUGUGCGGAAACAUCGCAUGUGCAGUGAACACGCUGGACAACGAGGAAGACAUUCCUUUGCCGUGGCGGGCUGAGGAGUUGGGUAAGCUGGAGGGGCCAAAGGCCCAGCAUCCUGGAAAGAAACUUCAGCAGGAACGACCAGCGCAACGACCACUUCAGGGCCAACUGGGCGAGGAUGUUGUCGAAAGCUGCGUUGUGGAAUAUGACGACGAGUGCGACGAGCGGGAUUAUUGCAUACCGGAAGACGAGGGUGCCGGUAGCAAAGGCGACUAUGUGAGCUUGGUGGACAAUCCAGAGCGAUUCACAGGAUACUCUGGCACCGGUGCGCAUCAUGUGUGGGAUGCCAUAUACCGCGAGAACUGCUUCCACAAGUCUGCACCUAGCCCUCCCGGCUCCUCGGACCAAAUGUCGCCCAACCAGCUGCUCCAAAUGGGAGCUGCUAACGACCUAAGGAACGUGAUCAAGUCGCACGAGCUAUCCCAAGGCAUGCAACAGGCCAUUGCACGCGGAGAUGAAAGCUUCUCCAUCGACGAGCUAGACUUCGACGACCAGUGUAUCGAGAAACGCGUUUUCUAUCGGGUCGUCAGUGGUAUGCACGCUUCGAUCAGUACGCAUAUCUGCGCCAACUACUUUAACCAGACCACCGGAGAAUGGUUCCCCAAUCUCACUUGCUACAAGCAACGCCUCCACGAGUACCCUGAACGCAUCUCCAACCUCUACUUCAAUUACGCCCUCCUCGUCAGAGCUGUCGGCAAGUUGGGCAAGCAAUUACAAAGCUACACCUUUUGUUCUGCCGAUCCUAGUCAAGAUCGGCAUACUAAGGCUCUGGUGCAGUCGCUGAUCAAAGCCAUUGGAAGCGGCGGCGAGGUCUUUGAUGAGACAGUCAUGUUUAAGACGCAGGAGGCGGCAGGUCUAAAAGAGGAAUUUCGUAGCCGCUUCCGGAACAUCAGUCGAGUCAUGGACUGUGUAGGCUGCGAUAAGUGUAGGCUGUGGGGUAAGCUUCAGACAAACGGUUAUGGCACGGCUCUUAAAGUGCUGUUCGAAUUCGACGAGAAGAAUCCGGAGAACAAUCCCCCGAUCAGGAGGACUGAACUUGUUGCGCUGCUUAACACCCUCGACAGGGUGAGCCACAGCUUGCAAGCCAUCGUCGAUUUCAGAAGACAGAUCGAGCAGGAGGAGUCUGCUCAUGCGCACGAAGAAUGGUUGAAAGGCCGUGAGCCCGCCAGUAAGACGCAGGUCGGCAACAAGACUAGAAAGGCAGAACUGCUCGACGACGGCUUCCCCGACAUCAACCGAAGGAACGAUCCCAACAUGACCUUGAGUGAGAUUUUCAUGGAUGAGUUGAACAUCAUCUGGAGCAUGUACAAAUAUGUUCUGCGGAGUUGGAUCGAAUUUCCCGCCAAAGCUUUCCGUAUCUCCAUCUGGGAGAUGAACAGAUUUUGGUGUUCCUUCCUGGGAUUGAGAGUCCCUGAGAGGAAUUGGGAAUGGCGCAUACCAUCGCCUGGCACAAGGCAACAGAUAUUUCAUGAGCGCGAUGAAAUAUGAGACGAAGUACUCGUCCUGGUACAUCUUUCAGCACAUAUCAAAAGCAUAAGGGGCGUUUUGGAAUGGUGAAGCAUUUUUUAGGCGCAAGGGAGCGAUAGACUCGCCGCCCAACAGUUUCAUAGUUGGCGUAACUCGGAUAGCGUCCAAGAGAAUCAUCUCAACUUGAGAUCUUCCCCAGCGAUUUAAACUUGACCAUGCCAUGAUAUCAGUGUUCACACAUGACUCUCGCGUCGCAAAGGAAAAGAAAAAUGGGUAGAUUUAACAGCGUGCCCUAAGAUCGAGCACUGCCCAAGGACAGGAAAAUUAUUACUGUUCUAGUCGUAUGCACGGCAAGAUUGGAACAAAGUGUCGGCAGCCUGCCGAAUCGCAUUGUAUCUGGUAUAGAGCAGAGAACAGCAUUGUAACAAAAGAUGCAGAAGAAUAGACGGAG